CCUUAUCUGCAGGGUAAAGAAUACGUACAUGCAAGAUGUAAGGCAACAAGAGAAAAACAAAAUUAUAAACAGUUCAUUUGCGAAUGCAUCAUCUGUUCCAAGUCUGCACCAUGGAAAUUUAAAAAUUAAUUUUAGAAUUAAAUUGCUGACAUACUUAUUCAAAUGCAGAGUCCUGCAUACUGCCAAACCUCCAGGAAAAUGAAGUUGCACAUGAAUACCACAAGAAUGAUCAACAAACAAUGACAAAAGAUAACUUAUCUUGCUAGAUAAGACAAGCUUAUCCUACAAAAGGCUGGAUAAGUGUCACAAAGGACAAACAAAGCUGUUAUGAAGUUGCAUCUAACAAUUCCAAUUUAGAAAAGAAAGUUCUUGGAGCUGCUUUCAAGGUUCUUCGAUAGAAAGGUUAUGUGACUGGACUUUGAAGUAGGCCUAAGGAUCUUAGACUAAGCAGGUCCUAAUAGUUCUACCCUCUCCCCACCUCCUCGCAAGAUGGCCGAAUCUGAAGAAGGACCUCUGGAGGACUCCUGGUCCUUCACCCCACCGUGGGAGUGGCCAAUUGGGAUCUCCGAAGUACUACUGGGCGUGGUGGUCCUUUUAGCUUCGUAUUGGGUGAUGUGCAGAAUUAACCACUUUUCUCUCUGGCGUCGCCAUGGGAUCCCCGGGCCUAAGCCGUCUCUCAUUUUCGGGAAUCUGCUCCAGAUACGAACCAAGAAUAAGGAUAUUCUGGCCGUGCAGACGGAGUGGCUGGAGAGAUAUGGCAACGUGUGCGGGUAUUUCACAGGGCACAGACCGACUCUGUUGGUGGCAGACCUGGAGAUGCUGAGACAAAUCCUCAUCAAGGAUUUCCCAGCCUUCGCCAACAGGGCCCGUUACUUCCUUGCCAAGAAACCUUACAGCGACAUGAUCGUCGACAUGCGAGACCACCACUGGAAGUUCCUGAGGCGCCUCACCGCGCCAGUCUUCUCUCUGUCCAGGCUGAAGAUGAUGAUGGGUCUGAUGCAAGGGAUCGUAGACGAUUUCUUGGCUGUGGUGUCCGAACAUGCUGACAGUGGCUUAGAUAUGGACAUAUUCAGUAUCUCCCAGCGACUCACUUUGGACGUGAUCGGACGAUGUGCUUUGGCCAUGAAACUCGAAUGUCUUAAGAAUCCAGAGGAGCCACUCCUCCUACUGGUCAGGCGCUUCUUCAGGUUCGCCAUCUCGCCCUUGGUGGUCAUGGCCAUGAUAUUCCCUGGCCUGGCCCCCUGGCUUCGUUACUUCAGGGGUUCGACAGACUCUGCCCUGGUAGAACGGGCGGUUAUGACAAACCUGCGCGAUGUCCUCGCCCGGAGGCGAGCUACACCUUACGAGGGUUGCACGGAUUUCCUACAGCUUCUGAUUGAUGCGUCUGACGACCCUGGGAUGCUGGAAGAUACCACCUUGGAGAUGACAGACCAGGGGUUUUCCCCACAGGAAGAAUCUCAGGUUAUAAGUUCCUCUCAAGAAGAUAAUUCACAAGAUGACCCAGAAUCCCCCAGUCCCAGCAAACUUAGAAAAGAAAGCAUCACUUCAAGAGAUGACGAACAAGAAUCCACAUUACCUUCUGCAGGAGAGUCGCCUUCGAUUACCAGAGGUAAAACGGACAAGCCCAAAAGUCCUCGUGGUAAGAGCAGACAGAACAGAAGCAGGGAAGAUGCGAAGGAGGGAGAAGAGAAAAUCGAAAGCCAGGAUGAGGGAAACCAAAAACAACAUAAGUUGACAGAUGAUGAAGUUGUGAGCAAUGCCUACAUGUUCAUCUUGGCUGGGUACGAAACCACGGCUAAUGCCAUAGCUUAUACUUGUUAUAUUUUAGCCAAACACCAAGAGUGGCAGGAUAAAUGCUUUGAGGAAAUCAAAACUGUCAUAGGGGACAAGAAACAGCUGAGCUACGAAGACAUAAGUCGUCUGACCAUUCUCGAUCGCGUCUAUUUGGAAGCUCUCAGACUGUACCCUCCUGUACCUUGUUUUGUAACUCGAGAAGCAGGAAUGACAACCCAGAUAGGCACCGUGACCAUACCUCAGGGAGUCAGUGUGACUGUUCCAGUGUGGCAUAUUCAUCAUCAUCCUCAAUUUUGGCAUCAGCCCAGUCACUUUGAUCCAGACAGAUUCCUACCUGAAAAGAAGAAGGAUCACCAUCCUAUGGCCUAUCUGCCAUUCGGUGCUGGACCGAGGAACUGUCUUGGUAUGAGAUUUGCCAGACUUGAAAUCAAGCUGGUUAUUGCUUGCAUGUUAAAGGACUAUGCUCUCCAGCUUUCUCCUUUGAUUAAGGAUCCACUUCCAGUUGAGGUUCGAACAGUCACCUUAUCUCCUAAGGAAGGAGUUCUACUCCACAUCAGAAGGCGGACCUCGUAGUCUGUUGUACAACUACGCUUGUCAUCACAGUAGUAAUUCUCAUUUCUUCAAAAUCUCUGGAGAUCUAAACUGACCGCUCUCAUGGAUUCUCAUGAAUCUUUUCUCUGGUAUAUUUAGGAUAUAUUUAUACUUGAAAAAUGAGCUACAGGGAUUUUUCACCGGGCGACACAGGUCUUCCCCCAGAAAUAGAUUUUUCCUUUGUCAAAAUCCCUUUUAUAUCCAAUUCUUACAUAAGAUACUGUAUAGUACACUCAGAGAGAUUAUAAAAUGUCAUGUAAUGUUUUAGUUCUGAAAGGAAAAAAUGAAACCGGAGGGAUACAGAGAAUAACAUUUUAAUGUGAAUGACAAAAUCACACAUCCAUCAAAACAAUAGAAAUAUUACCAGCGAACCGCUUCUUCAGAGAAGGCUCAUAUGGUCUGUGGCAUUCAACAUUAUCUUCGUUAUUUUUUUCAACAAAACGCACAUUGAGUUGUAUACAAAGACACGUUCACACCAGCAUGCGUAUCAGGUACACAUGCACAGGUAACUUACACUCAUUCAAGCAAGCAUGCACUCUCAGAGACACUCAAAUAGCACACACAAUAGUACAGAAACAAGCUGAGUGAAAUAUACAGGAAACAACAAUGUUCAACAUUUUCAAACCUUAGUUUCAAUGAUGCUUAGAUCUCAGGUCGUACGAAUGAGCGCGAGUCAUCCGCAAUUCAUAAAAAUGUCUUCCAGUGGCGACUGUGAAGAUACCUAAGAUUUGUAAAUGCAUCAACAAUUAUGUUUUUAGUAACGUACAAUCACUGAUGAAAAUGCUGCUUCCAGCCCAUUGUGAAAACGACCACACUUCAUGUAGCUAUAUCAAAAUAUAAAAUCUCCGGUCACUCUAAUCUUUUCGGAUUGGCCAUUCCAUGCGUAGCAAUGACUCCAUUAUAACUUCCGAUACGUUAAGUUGUUUGAAUGUAGUCUCGUCACGAAAAACUGAAUGCAGUCCCUUACAGAAUUCAUUUAAAGCCGUUUCAUAAAAAUUCAUUUAAAUUCUGAUGUGGAAAAUGUUAUAAUAAUUGAGAGAAGAGCAAAUGGGAUGAACAGUAAACACAAGGCUGAAGCAGUGUGAUGGUAAUUAAACUCCACAGUCUUUGUAUGAUGAAGUUGCAUACAGGCAGUCCCCGGGUUACGACGGGUUCGGGUUACGACGUUCCGAGGUUAAUACGCUUCUCGAUUAUAUUCAUCAUACAUUAUUUCCAGGGUUACAACGCCUACAACGCUCAUCUGGCAGAUGAAAUAUGACCCCAAAAAUGCAAAAUAAUCAAUGUUUGAAGGUUUUUUGAUGAAAAAUGCAAUAAGAAUGCAGUUUACAUAGUUUUCAAUGCAUCCAAAGCAUUAAAAGUAAGGUUUUCUUAGGAUUUUUUACGAUGUUCCGGCUUACAACGCGUCUCAAGAACAGAACCCCCAUCGUAAUCCGGGGACUGCCUGUAUCUUCAAUUACAGAUGAGAUCGGUAAAUGUUGUUGGUGACUAUUGCAUUUCAAGUACUAUUAUGCUUUUUAUUUAUUCACGUACAAAAAUGCCUUCAAGUAAGAACAAUUUUGGUGUAUAUAGAAAUAUUAGUCGCUUGUUCAUUUUCCUUUUGAUUUCCAAGGAGCUUUGUUCUCUCGUUUUGUAGUUGUUACAAGAGACAUUCAAAAUUAAAUAUUCUAGCGAAGAAAUGUUUAUGACAAAGCAGAACCUUAAAUCAGUAAGGGAGAACUGAUAUCUAAUGCUAUAGUCAAUCAUUUCUCUAGCAGUUCCAUCCAUCACGAUUUCCUUGACCUAACUGAGUUAGUGCUUGCACAAAUUUCAUUCGACAGACCUUACAUAUCACAAAAAAAAAGCAAGAAAAUGUUGUAAAAUGUGCUUUUACUCUUGAAAACAAGGAAAGGUAGAUCAAACAAUACAAGAACAACUGGAAGAACAUGGACUCGGCCAUUAAGCUACUAUAGCAUGAGUUACCCAGCUAUUUUUGGCACAAUUCAUCUGGCAGUUUCAAACGGGUAAGAAUUUUGAUGCAAAGACAAGAAAUAAAAAAAUUAAGAGACCAAGUUCUCAAAAAGGGAACCAUACCACAGAUCCAAAAUAAUGGCAGAGCUGAUAGCCCGGGAAUCCACCUAGGCACUUCUUAGGCAAGAGCUUACCUUCUCUGUGUAAUACUUGACGGGUUGCGGCAACUGGCGCUACACCCAUCCCUCCAAGAUCAUUCGGCAGUCACAUCAAAUCAUUGUUGAGACUGCAAUGAGAAUAGAACCUUAGCUACAAAAGACAGGAAAGCCUUUAUCGAGUGUAGAAUAGAGAAGCUAUUGAGAGGUCCUCGGUUCCGAUGCUGGCUGGGCCGAGGGCUCGUGUUUUCAGCAAUUAAUCUGGAAUCAAUGGCUAAGAAAAAGCAUCCUCUACCAUUAACGAGGAAAGGAGAGGCACAACUUAAGGCAUUUUUCUUUGUGUCAAACAUCUGCAAUUUUUUUUUUCUUUUUAGAUGAGAUAACUGUUACAAAGCAAGCAGUAUAUCCACAUCAUGUGACACUGUUUGGUAGGAGCAUUUGCCUAUUGGGUUAGCUGAGUGUACCAGCAAGGGACAUAUAUGCACCUGACAACUGCUGGAAGAUAACCCAUUCAGGAAUGCCAUGAUGGCUUUCUAUGCUGAUUCACGCUAGAAACUUGAGGACUAUCGAAAUCAUGACAGGACUGUCACUACCAAUCAUUGAUAUAGGGAAAAGGCAAGUCGAGGUAGCUUCUAGUUUUGUCCUGUGAACAGGUCUACUUUUGCAGGAGGAGACAAAAGCACAAUCUGCUGCAAGAUGACCUACUGAGUGGCCUUUCUUCUCUGGCCAAUGAGUUGUAUCAAGAAUCUGUGUAGAUUUUCCCCCACAAAGUCUUAAGAUUUCAGAAGCUCCGGGAUAUUUUAUGUGGCUACAAUGUACGUCUUUUGACUUUUAACCUAACUUGUCAUAGUUAUGAUUAAUGAAAGUCCAUCUUGUCUUGGAAUUAUCUGCACAGAUAAUCACUAAUAGAGAUGGUCUCUCCUAUGCAGCCAUCACAGUGGAGGUUUCUUCUGAAACCAAAAUGUUAUUGCCUCUACUUUCUGGUAAAGGACAGAAUGAUCACCACUUCCUUUUUGGACUGAAGGCACUCGAUAGAAGUUGUUUGUAAACCUGAGGAUUGUUUUUUCUGUUGUCUGUCAUGGUUGCAAACUGGUUUUCAUAGUGGUACUCCCUUUUUUUUUUUCUCCUCCCUUAGAAAUUGAUCAUCUUGGAAAGAGAUUUUGAACAUCCCAUCUCGCCUCUUGUCACGACAGAGAUAUCUCUCCUCUAAGUGACCAAUGUCAAGGCUAAGUGAACUGCCAUUAUAGAAUUUUGACAUUUAACAAAGAAGCUAAAUUUCUUGUUAGAGCCUUGGACAUCUCUCUCCAAUGUAAUCAGCCUUAAUACUUGGACAUACUAGCCUGUUUUAGUGGUAUACCCAAACAUUUGUUCUUUCAAACAUCAGCAUCUGAAUAUCUACAAUUCCAGUUACCUACAACAGGUCUGUGAUAGAUACAUAUGAUGCACAGCAUUGUGCAAAAACACACAUCCUGACA